AUGGUGGGCGUGGCUGUAAAGGGAAAAUUGAACUACCCCCUUUCAAAUCUAAAGAACCCUAAACCUAAAGGAGGCAGGACUGUUGCAAUUCCAUCUUUGAAGAUUUUUGCUGAGCCUAACCGGAAUAGUAAUGCUCCUCGGUCUUCUCUUGCUAAUCCUGAGCCUGAAGAGGAAUCAUCCAAUCCAAGGAAAUCAUCUCUUAUUGAAGGGAAGUACAAGGGCAAUACUGCAAGUUCUUCAAAGAAGAAAAAGGGCAAGCUUGAAAAAUCAGGGACGCUAAAUGUCAGAAGAAAAGUUUUGGCUGAUAUCAGUAAUGUGAAGGCAAGCUCUUCAACGGCCAAGGCAAAGGAUACGUCAAAAUCAUUGUAUGAUGCGAGGAAUUCAUUGGUUGGCGCUCGGGCUUCGGGUAUUUCUUCAAGGAAACCUUUGAGUAGUACGGUGAGGACAGCUUUGACUCAAGUAACAAUCAAUCAUCACACUGCGAAAAAGGUUGGUUGUAAAGACACAAAGACAAACUCUGAGGACAGUAGGACUAAAACUCAAAGUGGGCAACUUCUUGAUUCUACCAGUACAAGGGUUUAUGGGCGGCAUCAACCCACUCUGAUAAGGAAAUCGUUUCCAGCAAUUAAACAAGUUAAAAAGGAAUAUACUGAAAGAUCACACGGGUGUAAAGAAGGUUUACCAGUGAGCUCCAAAGUUGGCAGAACUGUGACUUCCAGAGUGACCAGUAGUUAUGGGAGUCAUUUCGGAAAAACACGAGUUAGUGAUGGAUUUAUAGUGAGGGGUUCAAAAGGUCGAACUACUUUGGAUACUGGAGCAUCAAGAAGAUCCGUCAAACUAGUGCAAACAAUGAGGAGAACAAACUCUAAAACUGAGGGGACGUCAAACUCAAGACCCAUUGCUGGCUUCAGUAAACUGCCUGCUCGUUAUGAUAUUUCCUUCAAGAAAAAUGAGGAAAAGGGCAAGCUUUCUUCAACCAAAAACAUCAACCAAGAGGAGGUUUCUUCUUUUGAUAAGAGUCUCUUACCCACAGCAGAAAAUGUACCAAAAAGAAAAUCGGGUCGUCGAAAAUCUUUUAUUACUUCGUUAUUGACAUCAGAAUCGAAGGACGAUUUUCCAAAUAUAUAUGACUCUCAUAAUCAUCUCGAAGUUUCUGAAUACAUUGAUGACAUCUAUCAGUAUUACUGGGUUAUGGAGUCACAAAAUCAGCCUUUGAAACAAUACUUGGCUGUGCAAACUGAAAUUACACCCCAAAUGCGUGGAAUAUUGAUCAACUGGCUUAUAGAGGUUCAUCUAAAGUUCGAUUUAAUGCAAGAAACACUUUUUCUAAUGGUUACACUGUUAGACCAGUUCUUAUCCCUCGUUAGCAUCAAGAAAAACAAAAUGCAAUUAGUUGGCCUUACUGCACUUUUGCUGGCAUCGAAGUAUGAGGACUUUUGGCAUCCAAGGAUUGUUGAUUUGAUUGGUGUUUCAGCUGAUUCAUAUACCAGAGAAGAAAUGCUCAGAAUGGAAAAUGCUUUUCUUACGACACUUAAGUUUCGCCUGAAUGCACCAACUCCAUAUGUCUUUAUGCUUAGAUUCAUCAAGGCUGCACAAUCAGACAAGAAGUUUGAACAUCUUGCAUUUUACCUCAUUGAGCUGUGCUUAGUCGAGUACGAAGCUCUGAAAUACAAGCCCUCACUAUUGUGUGCAUCGGCCAUCUACCUGGCUAGAUGUACCUUGCAAAUGAAUCCAAAGUGGACCCUACUGCUUCAGAAACACACCCGCUAUGAGGAAGAUCAAAUCAGGCAAUGUGCAGAGAUGAUACUCAAAUUCCACAAAGCUGCUAAAACAGCAUUGCUGAGAGUAACCCAUGAGAAAUACAUGAAACCUGAAUUCAGUAGGGCAGCAGACAUAAGUCCGUUGGAAGUGCUUCCUCAGUGA